AUGGUAAUUAUCGUAGCCUCCCUGUAUGCUAUAUCUCAAUUACCAAGACAUAUAAUUUAUCUGAUUACAAUGAAUAAACCUGAUGCAUUUCAACGAGAUACAAUUAUCUACAGUUGGUUAUUAUGUCAAUUAAGUGCUUGGUCAGCUACAUGUUAUAAUCCUAUUGUUUAUAUAUGGAUGAGUCGAACAUUUCGACGUGGUUUAUCUGAAAUUUUCAAUAAUAUAUUUGUACACAAUGUUGAUCAAUAUUCAAUGAGACAAUGUACUAAGAAUAAUUCCAGACAAAACAAAAAUAAACAUAAUGAUGUUAAUUGUAUUAGUAAUCGGCAUCUCCAAACACUCAAUGGAAGAAGGUAUUUUCCUUAUUCUAAAUCAACUACUUGUAAUUGUAACAGUAGUAAAAAUGAAUUCAUGAAAAAUAUUUAUCAAAUGAAAAACUUGGAAGAUCAUACUAUUAAUGAAGAGUAUUCAUCUAUUAACAGUCAAUAUCCUAGCAUGAAAACCACAUAG